AUGGCUGUGGUGGUCUGGGCGCUUGGGGUGUUGUGCGGCUUGGCCUGGGCUGGACGAGGGGAAGAACUGGGACCUGAGGUCAUGGCGCAGAUGGCGCAGCCGUGUUAUGGGGUGCAUCCACACGUGUUUUCCAGUGUGCAGAGCGUACGCCGGGCCCUGAAGCAGCAUGGCCAACCCGGGCCCACGGCUGCGCUGACGUCGGUGGUGACCGAGCUGCUGGCAGCGCUCGAUGACUAUGAAGCUCGUCGGGCUCGGGCCAAGACAACGCGCCCAUUUUACGUGCUCGAGGGCAUGGACGGGGUGGGCAAGUCAACAGCCACGCGUGGGCUGGCCGCGGCCGGAAUACGAAGCGUGGCGACGCCCACCAUGCCCUGGGCCCAGCACCGAGCCUUGUUUGAUGCACAGGCCGAGCCUUUGCGUCGGGCCUUUUACUUUGCCACCAACUAUCUAGCUGUAGCUGACGAAACACUGAUGGAGGAUGACGACCCUGGGCUCAAAUCUGAUGUUGUGGUGCUGGAACGGCUGGUGGGCUCUACUGUGGCCUACGCCACCGCAGCCACGGCUGGGGCACGAGGUCCUGCCAUGCUCCCGCGGCCCGAGGCUCCAGAGUGGCGAUGGCCUGCUGACCUCCCCCGACCCGCUGGCUUCAUUUGGCUGACUGUGGACCCGCAAGUGCAAUUGGCUCGUCUGCAAGACCGGGCGGCGGCCCUGACGCCUGGCGAAACCAGCACCAACGCGGACGAGGAGGCCAAGCUUCUGGACGCAGCCGAUCCGUACCAAGCGACGCUGCAGGAGGCCUAUGCCCGCUUCUGGGCAGCCAAUUCCAACCUCCCGCGGCUCGAUCUCGACACGGGCACGCUCUCACCCGACCAGAUCCAGUCCCAAGUCGCUGCCUUUUGUCGUCAUCCACCCUCUUCCUGA